AGCAGGUCAAUGACAAAGGUGGAAAGAAGAGGAUUCCAUAUAAUGGCCACUGAUGGCCUCACCAAUGACCAGGAUACAAAAGUGGGUAGGUAGCGGUAUUGUGACUUCUGCGACGACGGCGAACCCAACAUCCCGACCAAAUCCCAUUACCUACCCGGAGGGCUGGCGGCCAUCAAGAACCGAAGACCAAACACCCACCGAAAUGAGGGGUCUUUCGUAAUUUUGUGUUCUCCACCUACCUUCUCGCCCAUCUGCGUAUAUCAGUCUCGAUCCUUCUCCUCUCUCAUACACAAGAAAGAAGGAAGUCAGCCACCCACCCACCCCUGCCUUCGGUUGCCGCAGUCUGAGAGGAGGACGUGCUAUGGCUUCGUUGCAUUCUGCAUCGGCCCCAAAGAACGCGGUGCAGUCCCGCCAUGGAGCGAUGGAGAGCGUCUACCUCGGGUCGAGGUAUUCCGGUGCACCAGUGACGGUUCUUCAGUUGGAGGGAUGCGGAAGGAAAAGGCCCUCCUUCAAAAGAGGUUUGGUUUUCCAGAUCAAGGCCGUUGCUGCCACGGAGAAGAAGGAGGAUGAGCUGGUUCUGCAGCCCAUCAAGGAAAUCAGCGGGAUCGUUAAGCUUCCUGGUUCUAAAUCUUUGUCCAAUCGCACCCUUCUCCUGGCUGCCCUUUCAGAGGGAACAACUUCUGUGGACAACUUACUGAGCAGUGAUGAUAUUCAUUAUAUGCUUGGCGCUUUGAGAACGCUUGGUCUUCGUGUAGAUGAAGAUAGAGAUAUGCAAAGGGCAAUAGUAGAAGGUUGUAGUGGUCAGUUCCCAGUGGCAAAGAAUUCGGCAAAAGAGGUUGAACUUUUCCUGGGAAAUGCGGGGACUGCGAUGCGCCCGCUGACUGCUGCAGUUGUUGCUGCUGGUGGAAAUACAAGAUAUAUACUUGAUGGGGUUCCGAGAAUGAGGGAGAGGCCUAUAGGAGACUUGGUUAGUGGCCUACAGCAGCUCGGUGCAGAUAUUGGCUGUACACUAGGUACCAACUGCCCGCCAGUUUAUGUAAAUGGAAAGGGAGGACUUCCUGGAGGAAAGGUGAAACUCUCUGGAUCAAUAAGCAGUCAAUAUCUCACAGCGUUACUCAUGGGAGCACCUUUAGCUCUUGGGGACGUGGAAAUUGAGAUGGCUGACAAACUUGUAUCUGUUCCAUAUGUGGAAAUGACACUUAAAUUGAUGGAGCGCUUUGGAGUGGUAGUCGAGCAUGCUGGUGGCUGGGAUAGAUUCUUGGUUAGGGGUCGUCAAAUGUACAAGUCACCUGGAAGUGCUUAUGUUGAAGGAGACGCAUCUAGCGCAAGUUACUUCCUGGCUGGUGCUGCAAUAACUGGAGGCACUGUAACUGUAGAAGGCUGUGGUACAAGUAGCCUGCAGGGUGAUGUGAAGUUUGCUGAAGUUCUCGAGAAAAUGGGAGCAAAAGUUACUUGGGCUGAGAACAGUGUCACUGUCACUGGUCCACGAAAGGAUGGUUCGAGGAGGCGUCUGAGUGGUAUUGAUGUCAAUAUGAACAAGAUGCCUGACGUUGCAAUGACCCUAGCUGUUGUUGCACUUUUUGCAGAUGGUCCAACAGCGAUAAGAGAUGUGGCAAACUGGAGAGUGAAGGAAACUGAAAGGAUGGUAGCAAUAUGCACAGAGCUGACAAAGUUGGGUGCAACAGUUGAAGAAGGGCCAGAUUACUGCGUAAUCACUCCUCCAGAGAGGCUGAAUGUGACAGCAAUUGACACAUAUGAUGACCACAGGAUGGCAAUGGCAUUUUCUCUUGCUGCAUGUUCAGAUGUGCCUGUCACUAUUAAGGAUCCUGGUUGCACGCGCAAGACUUUUCCGAACUACUUCCAAGUUCUACAAAGUGUCACAAAGCACUAGGGAAGUUUAUCCUGUCUCGUGCCAGAUCUCUUCAGCAAUUUUAGAACAAUAUGACUUAAUCUGGGGUCUGUAUUUUUCUGUCUGUUGAAGAGCCCCACAUUCCGGGAUUAGAGAAUCUUAAAAGAGGCAAGAGAUUGAGGAUUCAUAAGCGUCCGUUCCUUGGUCUAAGGAUGCAAAAGGCAGCAGUGGCAGUCAAAGUCAUUUGGGUGAACGAGGACUCUCUUUUCAUUUUCUUUUUUUCCUCUUUAUGUUAGUCGAAGUGCAGCCAUCCUGCCCACAUCUGUUAUGUGAUUCUCUUAUUAUUAGUUGAGUUGGGCAAUGUCUAUUUGGAUCAUUACCUUUUCUGAUUUUGGGCUUUAAAUGCCUCUCACAUUUGUACACUCUUUAGGAGUUGGGUGCAAGGAUGCUCACGUGUUUGAGGAAAAAAACACCAUUUGGAGGCUAAUUUAGUGCAUGGGAGACCAAUUUAGUGUUUAAAGUAAAGAUUUUUCACUGCUAAAAAUGUAAAAACUUCGAAUUUACUUUAUAUUAUCUUUGAGAAAA